CAAUAAAGAUGGUUGCUGGGUUUCCAUGGUGAAAUGAAAGCAAAGCAACACAAGAGAGACGUGAAGCAAUAAAAGCUGAGUGGAGGGAAAAUCUGCAAACAAGACCAAAGUCCAGAUCCUUUCCUGAUCAGAAACAAUAACCUGCUCCUGCUGAGCCGUGCUGUUAAAACUAAAGAGCCCACUCCGGUGGGRGGGUGUAGGGCUGGUUUGUGUUUUAUAGCUGAGAUGUGUCUCACUGCUGGAUAUAAAGCAGCAGAGGUUUGAAUAAUCAGCUCCAGAAUGAGGAGUUUCUGCUGAUCAAAGAGAAGCGAUGAGUUCCUGCUAAUAAAACCAGCCUCUGUCACGUGAAUCAGAUCCAAGCGAGAAGUCGAUUCAGCUGCUUUUUCCCCUCGGUGCGAUCAGGACUUAAUGAGGACGGGCGGGGGGCAGGUCUGUGGGUCUGAGUGCGAGGAGGCUGCUGGAGAGACAGAGGGAGGCAGAGGAGAGAGCUUCAGCCUGCACACAGAGGCGUGUCCAGGAUCAGUAUAAAGUCCGAGCGGAGCGGCUCGUCUUCUCAGAAGACAGUCUCUGGAGCUGCACGGCUGCAGGAGGAGAACCUGCAGCUUCUAAACAUCUGCCUUCCUGGAGGACCAGCUUCCCACACUUGUUGACCAGAUAUCUGUCGGCAGAGGCAGGCGAGGCUCACCUGAACAAAAUGCCUCCUGUUUCCUCCAACUAGUUCCCAUCACCGCAGCGUCUGCCGGCUCAGGAGAUCAAGCAGCUCCGGUUGGUGUGCUGUCAAACUGAAGCAGAGGAACAAAGAGGCCACAGCUGCAAAUAUCAGAGCCUCUCCUGGACAGAGCGCUCCUCUCAGUGCUCCUUUGUCUCCAAUCUGCUGCAGGCAGAGAAAGUGAUCAAAAACCUGCAGAGGUCCUCAGAGAGGAGGUGGAAAGCCGAUCAGGUGCGAUGGCGCGAGGACGCGGAGCGGUUCUGUCCUUCUGGAGACUCUGGGUCUUGGGCGCCCUGUGCCUGGCGGCGCUGUGCUCGUCAGACCAGGCCAUCCGCUGCCCGGUGUGCUCCGAGGAGAGGCUGGCCAGCUGUCGCCUGCCCGAGGGCUGCGAGGAGACGGUGCGCGAGCCGGGCUGCGGCUGCUGCCCCACCUGCGCCCUGCCCAAAGGCGCCCACUGCGGCGUGUACUCGCCCCGCUGCGGGACGGGCCUGCGCUGCUACCCGCCGCGCGGCGUGGAGAGGCCACUGCACUCCCUGAUGCACGGCCAGGGCAUCUGCACGGACGAGAGGGAGGUGGAGGACAACUCAGCGAUGGACAGACAGGAGGAGAUCAGCCCCGAACACCCAAACAACAGCAACAUCCGCUGCAGCCCUCAGGACAAGCGCUGCAUCCAGAGGACCCUGGCCCGACACCCACUGAAGUCCAUCAAUCUGAGGAGCAAYGGCGCCAGAGACGAGACCAAGCUGGUUCUGGCGCCGUGUCGCGCUGAGCUCCAGCGAGCGCUGGACAGGUUGGGAUCGAACAGCCGCACCCACGAUGACCUCUUCACCAUCCCCAUCCCCAACUGUGACAAGAACGGAGACUUCCACCCCAAACAGUGCCAUCCUGCUCGUGACGGCCACCGGGGGAAGUGCUGGUGCGUGGAUCCGAAGACGGGCAUGAGGCUGCCGGGUCCUCUGGAGCUGCGAGGGGACCUGGACUGCCACCAAUUAAUGACGGCGACCCUGAGGGACUGAGGAGCACCGAGUCCGGGUCGUGGGACCAGCUGAAUUUUACCUGUGCUCAUUUGUAGAACUACGGGACUGAAGAACUUUCUGGACCUCCGGUUCUGGUUCUGGAGCAAAACAAGGAAGAAAAAAAAUCUAAUGGAGAACUUUAACUAUUUUUGUUUCUGUUUGUGAGAGUAUGUGAUUUGAGUCUUUUGAGCACUUGUUGUUUGUAACAUAUGAACUUCAGACAGACUGUCUUUAAACGUGUGCGCUUUUAAAAAAACAGGUGGCAGAAAAAAUAUGUUUUAUUAAAAAAAGGUAUAUUUGUGAGGUC